UUGAUGAUUCGCUGUGUUGAGAGUUUACAGUUCAGUCAUUCUUACGCCUUUGCAGGCAGCGCCAUCCACGACCAUGGCUGAGCGAGUACUUGUUAUUGGCAGUGGGGGACGUGAACAUGCCCUGGCGUGGAAGCUGGCCCAGUCACCACAUGUACUGCAGGUUCUGGUUGCUCCUGGGAAUGCGGGAACAGCUGAGAGUGGAAAAAUCUCCAAUUCGGCUGUUUCUGUCAGCAAUCAUACAAUUCUUGCUCAAUACUGUAAAGAUCACAACAUUGGCCUGGUGGUGGUUGGACCAGAAGCUCCACUUGCUGCUGGGAUUGUUGAUGACCUGACAGCUGCAGGAGUGAGAUGCUUUGGUCCAUCUGCAAAGGCAACACAAUUGGAAGCUAGCAAGCAUUUUGCUAAGGAAUUCUUGGAUCGACAUGCUAUCCCUACUGCUCGUUGGAAAGCUUUCACUGAUCCUGAGGAAGCAUGUCGCUUCAUCCAGCAUGCUGAUUUCCCCGCUUUGGUUGUAAAAGCAAGUGGUUUAGCAGCUGGGAAAGGUGUUAUUGUAGCAGCUGAUGUAAGCGAGGCUUGCAAAGCAGUUCGAGACAUAAUGCAGGAAAAGACCUUUGGUUCAGCUGGUGAAACCAUAGUUGUGGAGGAGCUGCUUGAAGGAGAUGAAGUUUCUUGCCUGUGUUUCAGUGACGGUGUUACCGUUGCCUGCAUGCCACCAGCUCAAGAUCAUAAACGCUUACUGGAUGGGGACCAGGGGCCAAAUACAGGUGGAAUGGGAGCUUAUUGCCCCACCCCUCAGGUUUCCAAAAACCUUCUGCAAGUGAUCAGGGAAAAGAUCCUUCAGAAAACAGUUGAUGGUAUGAGGCAAGAAGGAGUCCCUUAUGUUGGGAUAUUAUAUGCAGGGUUGAUGCUAACCAAAGAUGGACCUAAAGUAUUGGAGUUUAAUUGUCGCUUUGGCGAUCCAGAAUGUCAGGUCAUUCUUCCCUUAUUAAACAGUGAUUUAUAUGAAGUAAUACAAGCAACUGUGGAUGGAAAACUUUCUAGAGCCAUGCCAUCUUGGCUGGAAAGCAGUGCAGCUGUGACUGUAGUUAUGGCCAGUGGUGGCUAUCCAGGCAGCUAUGCAAAGGGCCAUGUGAUCACAGGUUUGUCACUCGCGAAGGAUAUGGGCCUACAAGUGUUCCACGCAGGCACUGCAAUGAAGGAUGGGAAGGUUGUGACAAGUGGUGGUCGAGUGGUUACAGUAACUGCUGUCAGUAAAGACCUGAUUCGGGCAGUGAAAGAAGCAAAUAAAGGGGUUGAAACUGUUCAGUUUCAAGCUGCUAUUUACAGAAAGGAUAUUGCCCAUCGAGCCAUUGCAUUCACAGAACAGUCUAGAGGACUGACUUACAAAGAUAGUGGUGUUGAUAUUGCAGCUGGGAAUGCUUUGGUUCAUUCGAUAAAACCACUUGCAGCAGCUACCUCCAGACCAGGCUGUAAUGCUGAGCUUGGAGGAUUCGCAGGCACUUUUGACCUGAAGGCAGCUGGAUACAUUGAUCCAGUUCUUGUCUCUGGAACAGAUGGAGUUGGAACCAAACUUAAGAUUGCCCAGAUAUGUAAUAAGCAUGAUACGUUGGGUCAAGACCUGGUAGCGAUGUGUGUAAAUGAUCUUCUGGCACAAGGGGCAGAACCACUCUUCUUUCUCGACUACUUUUCCUGUGGGAAAUUGGAUGUCGGUGUGGCACAGACCGUGAUUGCUGGUAUUGCAGAGGCUUGUAAAAUGGCUGGAUGUGCACUGCUGGGAGGAGAAACAGCUGAAAUGCCAGGCAUGUAUUCCCCAGGACAGUAUGAUCUGGCUGGCUUUGCAGUCGGAGCAGUGGAACGUGAACAGCUUCUCCCACGGCUGGAGAGCAUCUCUGCAGGUGAUACCAUCAUUGGCAUCGCGUCGUCUGGCCUCCACAGUAAUGGCUUUAGCCUUGUUCGAACCAUUUUGGAGAAGUCCUCUUUCCAGUGUUCCUCCCCAGCACCAUCAAGCUACGGUUCAAAGACCCUUGGAGACGUCCUUCUGACACCCACCAGAAUUUAUGCUAAAGCCUUGUUGCCAAUUCUGCGCCUGGGACAUGUGAAGGCUUACGCUCACAUCACUGGAGGUGGACUGCUGGAGAACAUCCCCAGGGUGCUUCCCGAAAAGCUUGGUGUUGCUUUAGAUGCGUCAUGUUGGAAGAUUCCUGAAAUCUUUUCCUGGUUGCAAAGACAUGGAGCCCUUUCUGAAGAGGAGAUGGCUCGUACGUUUAACUGUGGAAUUGGAGCCGUGCUUAUAGUGGACAAAGCGAAAGCUGAAAAUGUGCUGCAAAGUGUGCAGAGCCAUCACGAGGCGUGGGCAAUUGGAACAGUUGUGCCGCAUAAAACAGGCUGUGAAAAGGUAUCAAUUAAUAAUCUCAUGAAAAUGCUUCACUUAAGCCAGCAGUCUAAUCAACGUGCGUCAGGUGAUGGUUUAUCAUGGGACUCCUCACAGACUCGGAAGAUGAGAGUGGGUGUUCUCAUCUCGGGAACAGGGACAAACCUUCAAGCCAUUAUAGAACACACCAAGGAUCCUGUGAGCUGUGUGGAAAUUGUAAUUGUUAUCUCCAACAAAACUGGCGUCGAAGGACUGAAGAAAGCAACUCUAGCUGGCAUCCCUACACGGGUAAUUGACCAUAAAUUGUACGGUAGUCGCUCGGAGUUUGAUAGCACUGUUGAUCAGGUCCUUCAGGAAUUCUCCGUUGAAUUGGUCUGUCUAGCAGGAUUUAUGAGAAUUCUCUCUGGUCCCUUCGUCAAGAAGUGGAAUGGGAAACUACUGAAUAUCCAUCCAUCUCUGCUGCCUUCUUUCAAGGGCGUUAAUGCCCACAAACAGGUGCUGCAGGCUGGAGUACGGGUGUCUGGCUGUACUGUGCAUUUUGUAGCUGAAGAAAUCGAUGCUGGAGCAAUUAUUGUGCAGAAAGUUGUACCGGUACUGGUGGGGGAUUCUGAAGAGACCUUGUCCGAGAGGGUGAAAGAAGCUGAGCAUGUGGCAUACCCUGCUGCUAUCCAGUUAGUGGCCAGCGGAGCAGUGCGUUUAGGUGAAGAUGGCAAAAUGUGCUGGAAAGAACAGAAUGCGAUUGAAGCCAUACAAGAUGGGACUUGUUACAAAAAUUGAGGGAUUUUGGAAGGGGAGAAAUGUGAAAGAAAUUGAAAUCCCUUUUCUUCGAUUUGUUUUUUGUCAUUGUUGUCCAUGACACAACCGUAUCUCAUGAAGUGGAAAAGUAAAAUUCUCCUAUGUACUAAAAUGUGCUCAAAUUAAUUUUGUUACUUGAAACCAAUUAUC